GCGCCUUCGUGGGCAGCGUGGAGGCGGAGGACGCGGACCAGACCGAGGUCCAUCACCGAAUCUCCUUCCAGUUGGUCAGCAGCAGCGGCUCCAGCAACUUCCUGCUGCGCUCCAUCCGCCUGGGCCCGGGGCGCUACCAGGGCAACCUGUCCCUGGACCCCGACGUGGCGCUGGACUACGACCGGCUCAGUCCGGCGCGCUUCACCCUGACGGUGCAGGCGGAGAACACGGGCACCGGCGACGCCCUCAAUGUGGUGCCCUCCACGGUGCAGGUGCAGGUGCUGGACGUGAACGACGAGCCGCCCACCCUGGAGCCGGCCUCGCCGCAGGACGUGAGCGUGCCCGAGGACGCCCAGCCAGGGCUGCUCACCACCCUGCAGGCCUCCGACCUGGACACCAACCACUCGCUGCACUUCCAGGAGCUGGGCCUGGCCUGCUACAAGGGCACAGGGUCCGCGGGCCGCGUGUGCCAGGACUGGUUCUACCUGGAGCCCAACGGCUCCGUCUUCCUCAACAGCUCGCAGCUCGACUACGAGGCCUGCGACCGCGUGACCAUCGCCCUGCGUGUGGAGGACACACACACCGAGGAGGGCAACCCCUACAGCAACAACGCAACGCUGAGGAUCCUGAUCAGUGACGUGAACGACAACAGCCCGGAGUUCCUGCGCAUCAACGACACCUUCGUUGUGGUCCCUGAGGUCUCCCCCGUGGAUCUGCCGGUGGCUGUGGUCAAGGCCAGGGAUGCCGACUCGGGGCCACGCGGAGCCAUCACCUUCAGCAUCUCCAAAGUCCUGUUCCUCCAGGACAACGGGCCCUCCCACACUCUCACCAGUGUCUUCAAGGUGGCGACAGCGGCCGAGGGGGACCUCUACGUCGGCAGCAUCCAAGUUGCAAGCAACCUGGAUGGGUCGUUAAAGGGCCGGUACCAGGUGACGGUGGAGGCCAAAGACAGCGGGACGCCGUCGCUCAACUCCUCGGCCGUGCUGGACAUCUUCACCGUGGACCAGAGCUACCGGGUCAGGCUGGUGUUCUCGACCUCCGUGAACGAAGUGCAGGAGAACUCGGACAGGAUCAAAGCGGCUCUGACGGUGGCGACCAGGACGACGGUGUACGUGGCAGUGAUCCAGUCCGCGGCGGAUGCGCAGUCCAGAUCGUCCAG